CCAACUCAACGGUUCAAACCCCAACUCUCUCGCAAUCGCGAGCUCUUAAUCCGAUUUUCCAACCAUGUUCGAGACUCAAAAUCAAAUCAAUGGCUUCCAAAGAGAAUGCAGAGGCAUUGAUCGAGAUCAACGGACUGAGGUUCACCUACCCGGGAAUCGAUGGCCAUCCUCCGCCGGGCUCCAAGCCUCUGAUUGAUAACUUCUCUCUCACUCUCAACUCCGGCGACCGCUGCCUUCUUGUUGGAUCUAAUGGAGCUGGGAAAACGACAAUUUUGAAGAUAUUAGGAGGGAAGCACAUGGUGGAGCCUCAUAUGGUUCGAGUGCUCGGAAGGUCGGCUUUUCAUGACACUGCUCUUACCUCCUCUGGUGAUCUCUGUUAUCUUGGAGGAGAGUGGAGGCGGGAUGUUGCUUUUGCAGGGUUCGAAGUUCCAAUUCAGAUGGACAUUUCUGCUGAGAAAUUGAUAUUUGGGGUUGCUGGAAUUGAUCCCCAAAGAAGAGCUGAGCUAUUGAAGGUUCUAGAUAUUGAUCUUUCAUGGAGAAUGCACAAAGUAUCCGAUGGCCAGAGAAGGCGGGUUCAAAUAUGCAUGGGUCUCCUGAAGCCAUUUAAGGUUCUACUUCUUGAUGAGAUAACAGUUGACCUUGAUGUGCUAGCAAGAGCCGAUCUCUUAAAGUUUCUGAGAAAAGAAUGUGAAGAGAAAGGUGCCACAAUUAUUUAUGCAACACAUAUAUUUGACGGUCUGGAGGAAUGGCCAUCACAUAUUAUCUAUGUGGCUAAGGGAACGUUGCAACUAGCUCUGCCUAUGGAUAAAGUUAAGGAGAUGAGCAAAUUGUCUUUAAUGAGAACAGUUGAGAGUUGGCUGAGAAAAGAACGAGACGAUGAGAGGAAGAUACGGAAGGAAAGAAAGGAAAGAGGUCUUCCUGAAUUUGAAGACAAGAUUGAUGGCAGCCGUGUGACUGGCGAUCCAGCUCGUGCAGCUGUACUUGCAGUCAAUAAUGGUUGGGCAGCAGGAAGACUGAACUCCACCAUUGCUGGAGAAGAGAACUUUGUUUUCAGCUCAAACAGAGUCUUAAGACAGUAGUUAUACGUGAGAAUCCUAAUUGGCCGGAAAGCUUGAUUAUCUUAUAUGAAAUAAAAAAUAAGUUCUUCAAUUUGAAUUUUGUUUUUGAUUUUUGGUUCUUUCUUAUUUAUUUAUUCUCCCUUGUCUUUGUUCCUUUCUCAUGAUAGAGUGCAAUUAUCUUAUUAAUCUGUUUACCGAAAACAGAUGCAUGUA